AUGUUUCGUUUCUUAAUAAUUGGAUUAAUUUCUUUAGUAGGAGCGUAUUAUGAUGUGCAUUUUCAGAAGGAAUAUGAUUAUAUAAUUAUUGGCGCGGGAUCAGCAGGAUCUGUGGUGGCAAAUAGAUUGUCAAAAGACCGCAGUAUAAGUGUUUUGCUUUUAGAGGCAGGAUCCUGUCCUAGUCUUAUCUCAGAAAUCGCAUCCUUUCCUGCGGAGUUACAGAAAACAAAAUAUGAUUGGAAAUUUAAAACAGUUCCUCAAAAAAAUUCUUGUUGGGGACUUAAAGAUCAGCGUAGCUCCUGGCCUCGAGGUAAAGUUUUAGGUGGAAGCAGCAUUCUUAAUUCUAUGAUGUACGUAAGAGGGAAUAAAAGAGACUUUGAUCAAUGGGCUAAAGAUGGAGCGAUAGGUUGGAGUUAUGAUGAAGUUUUAUCUUAUUUCAAAAAAUCCGAAGAUAAUCGAAUCACCGAGUUUAAUAAAAACGGUUAUCACGGCAUAGGAGGAGAACUGACUGUAGAAAAAACAUUUGAUAACUAUUUAAAAGAUAUUUUUUUGAAAGCUGGAAAAGAACUUGGUUACGAUUCAGGAGAUUACAAUGGCGAAUCUCAAAAAGUAUUUUCUGACAUACAAGCAACGUUGAGAGAUGGUACUCGAUGCAGUACAAAGAAGGCAUUUCUGGAUCCAAUUAGAGGAAGAAGAAAUCUACAUAUUCUCACGUCUGCAUUUGUAAAGAAGAUUAAUUUUGAUGAUAAGAAACAGGCAAAGUUUGUGACAUUUGACUACCAAGAUAAAACACUGACAAUUGCCGUUAGUAAGGAAAUAAUUUUAUCAGCAGGUGCGAUCAAUUCUCCUCAUAUACUGAUGUUGUCUGGAAUUGGAUCUAAAAAAGACCUAGAAAAAUUUCAGAUUCCUGUGAUUUCCAAUCUCCCAGUAGGAAAAAAUCUACAAGAUCACGUUAGCACAUCUGCUAUGAUAUUUACUAUAAAUAAGCCAUAUUCGUUUUUAAAGUCCAGAUUAACAGUCGAUGAUAUAAUUGAGUAUUUAAAGAAUGGAAACAAUAAAUUAACUACACUCGGAGGUGUUGAAGCUGUCGCCUUUGUAAACACGAAAUAUAAUCUUAUGCAAGAUUGGCCGGAUAUAGAAAUAAUAUUCCAAUCAUUCAGUUUGGCUUCUGAUGGAGGAACAUCAUAUAUAUCAGGAAUUGGGCUUACAGAACAUAUGUUCGAAAAAUAUGCGAGUCCUUAUGUAAAUAACGAUACAAUAAAUUGUCUCCCAAUGCUUCAAAGACCUAAAAGUAGAGGACAAAUUCGACUGAAAUCGUCAGAUCCUUACGAACAUCCAAUUAUCGAUCCAAAAUAUUUUUCACAUCCAGAUGACCUCAAAGUUUUAGUUGAGGGAAUGAAGAUUUGUCUGGAAAUAGCAUCUACUUCCACCAUGAAAGAAAUAGGAACUAAACCAAUAGAAACUAUUGUUCCCGGUUGCGAAAAAUAUGAGAAAUUCUCAGAUGAUUAUUUAACAUGCGUUGCUCAGACAUUUACUCAUACAGUUUAUCAUCCAAUUGGCACUUGCAAGAUGGGAAGUGUUUCUGAUGAAAGUUCUGUUGUUGAUCCUAAUCUCAAAGUAAAAGGUGUUAAAGGAUUACGUGUGGUCGAUGCUUCUGUUAUUCCUUCCAUGAUAUCCGGACAUACUAAUGCCGCUGCAAUUAUGAUUGGAGAAAAAGCUUCAGACAUGAUUCUUGAUGAUCUAAAAACAUCCAGAUCAAAGGAAGAACUGUAACAGAUAAAAAAUUUUAAAUUUAAAUCUACGAAAAACAUUACAAUGCCAUUAAAAUGAAAUUCUGGAUAUUUUAUUUGUUUGAAUACUGUAUUUUAAAAUCUAUUUUAAUGAGCGCUACCGUCUUGUGGAUCUGGAUUCGAAUCCGAAUUUUUCAGAUUAAGGAAUUUUCAAGAAUUUUCAUUCUCAAUAUAAAAAUAUGAAUUUUCUAUUAUA